UUGUAGGGCAGGGCAGCGCCUGAUAGAGGAACUCACACCAUCUGCAACAAACAUGAAGAACGUCUGAGUCCAAACUCACAGCAGUUCAGCAUUACAUCUACUUAUAUACAUACAUCACCAUGACUGAGAGCUGUCACACAGAUUUGACGGCGGAGGAAGAGAUGGAGAUCGAACGGCUGAAGAUGCACAAGCAGAUCCUGCUGGAGGACAUUGAGAAACUGAAGAACCAGAUUGAAAACGUCAUGGCAGACAUUCAGGAUUUCAAAUCAGCAGAAGACAAUAAGAUGCUCGAGAGGGAGAAACGCUUCUCUAGCGGCAAGAAGAAAUUCAACAUGGAUCCUAAAAAGGGAAUCAAGUAUCUGGUGGAUAAUGAGCUUCUGGACUGGAAACCAGAACGAGUGGCCGAGUUUCUGUAUAAAGAGGAAGGACUGAAUAAGACCGCCAUUGGAGACUUCCUGGGAGAGAGGGAGGACAUGCACCUGCAGAUCCUCAAAGCGUUCGUGGAGCUGCACGAGUUUUCAGAUCUGAACCUGGUCCAGGCGUUACGGCAGUUCUUGUGGAGUUUCCGUCUGCCGGGUGAAGCUCAGAAGAUCGACCGCAUGAUGGAGGCCUUCGCCACGCGCUACUGUAACUGCAACGCCAACGUCUUCCAGUCCACAGACACGUGUUACAUCCUGUCGUUUGCCAUCAUCAUGUUGAACACGAGUCUGCACAAUCCCAACGUGAAGGACAAGACCUCGCUCGAGAGAUUCAUCAGCAUGAACCGCGGCAUUAACAACGGACAAGACCUACCCAACGAGCUUCUGACGAACCUGUACCACAGCAUACACAACGAACCCUUCAAAAUCCCCGAGGAUGAUGGGAACGAUCUGACGCACACCUUCUUCAACCCGGACCGAGAGGGAUGGCUGCUCAAACUGGGCGGUCGUGUGAAGACGUGGAAGAGACGCUGGUUCAUCCUGACCGAUAACUGUCUGUAUUAUUUUGAAUAUACCACGGACAAAGAGCCGCGAGGCAUCAUUCCUCUGGAGAAUCUGUGCGUGAGGGAAGUCAUGUUUCCACGCAAACCGUAUUGUUUGGAGCUGUAUAACCCCAACAGCCGGGGUCAGAAGAUCAAGGCGUGUAAGACGGAGACGGACGGACGUGUGGUGGAAGGGAAGCAUCAGUCGUACACCAUCUGUGCUGCUUCAGCUGAAGAGAGAGACGAGUGGAUCGAGUCCAUCAGGGCCAGCAUUACGAAAGACCCCUUCUAUGACCUGGUGUCCAUCCGCAAGAAGAAAGUCAUCAACAAAGUGCCUGAGAAAUGAGCGAAGCGACUGGACUGUGACUGCAAACAGACAGAAAGCUCAGGAGAUCAGCUCUGUGUCACACGAGUGUAAAUCUGAGAAAUGCAUGUGGAGCAGCUCAGCUCAUUUGAGGAGAAUUGACUGAGAUCAUAUUUGAGACAUUAUCGAGAUUUUUCAGACACUGAUGUGUUUUGUGGCAAUGAAUGUCCUCUGGAAGAGACGCUGAGAUUUAAUAAAGCGGCCGCUGAUGGAUUGAUUCCCUUCACACAACACAUUCUGGACAGACACUUUCACUUUGACUUCUCUUUAGCAAAUGUUUUUCUUGUAAAAUAUUUUUGUAAAUAUUAUAGAUCAUACGGUGUGAAAGAGUAUAGGUGAUGAAUUGUAAAAUAGAUUAUUUAAUUAAAGUUAUUAUCUGAGACA